GCAACACGAAUAUAUUAUCAGUGCGUCUAUAUACGCUUUGCAUACGUGUCUCUUACAUUUAAAUGCGAUCAAGAAUUGGGUUACGUAAGAUUCUUUUCCUUCUCUCUAUUUCUAUUAUAAAAAUUGUAAUCCAAGAAGGGAGAACUCACAGAGAUUUUAUCGGAGGCUCUUCUCGUUACGAAACUUUGUGCGUAUACCUGAACGUACAUAUCGCGAAAACUUUAAGUUCUCGUCGUGUGCCGCGGGUAUCGACGCGCAACUUUGCAGGCCAACUUCAAAGGGAAUUGGCAACCUCUCGGUGUUGUCGCUGUCGCUUCUUUUCUCUUUCCACGCAUGUGGACGGGCAAUCGGGGCAAUUCUCUUCUUCCUCUCUUCCCUCGGAUUCGAAUCGAAAUCCGCGAUUAGAGAAUCGUGAAGGGGAGGGGGGAGGAGAAGGGGGGACCGUCGAUGCUCGGUCGAGAUUUAUUAUGUCGCUCCCUGCUUCUUGAAAAUGUCACGGUAACGCAGGGCGCAACCAGCUCAGCCAGGCCGAUUACAGUCGCGUAAACAGACGAGAAUGCGUCUGGCCUGACGAUCGCGAUGCAGUCCGACAUCAUGGAGGAUUUGAAGAUGAAAUUUUUCGACCUCAUUAACAAGCAGAAUGCAACUAAAGUGCCGCUUAUGGGCUUGAAUCCAGAUCUGCUCAAUCCACCCGAUCUGCAAAAAUGCGAAGACCUUUGUUCCGAGGCCGAUCAGUCGACAGAGAGCGAGCCCAUACCCGAUCAAGAUGUGUUAGACUCCAUCGAAGAUGUUUACUUCAAUACCGACGAUAGUUUCGAUUCGUCGCGCUACGAAUUAACAAAACUGCCAACAAUAUUGCACUCGAAGGAGAUUGAGAAGUGCUACAAGAAGCUCAAGCAGCAACAUCAAGUUGUCUCCAAGAAAGUGCUGCAGCUCAUUUUGCAAAAGCAGAGUGCUUGUAAAGCGGAGUUCGACAAAAUUCUGCUGCUGCAGGACCAACUGCAGGACGUCGUGGACAUAUGUAAGAUGGGAAGGGCGGAUCUGCAAUUGGCUGAGAAACAAUUUACCAAGGCGAGUCUAGGUAUACUGGCUAACUAUCAGAGGCGGCAAGUAACCCAGGAGCUGUUAAAUAGUUUAAACACUAUAAAGACCCUGCAAUGCACCGGGGAUCGUCUGCAGGAGCUUCUAAACGAGGGGAAUUAUCCUGGGGCCAUAUCGCUUCUUCUGGAGUGCCAGAUCGCCGCUCAAACCUACAAGCAUUUCCACUGCAUCGCCGAGCUGAACGCGAAUCUGCAGAAUAUCUUGAUUCAAGCGGAAAGUACCUUAGACAAUACGCUCUCUAAAAUGUGCACCGAAUUCGACGUCGCGGUGUACUCGUCCAUUCAGGAAGCGUACGCGUUGCUGGGAAAGACUCAGUCUGCCAUGGAUCAGUUGCACAUGUAUUUCGUCGUUGCCAUUCACAACACGGCGGACGCCGUUAUCCACAGCUACGCGGGGGGUGAGGUGAAGAGACAAUACGAGCAACAGUGCCAGGCCGUGCCCCGUGAGAAGUGUAUAGCCUGCCUCACGGAAUUAUGCAAAUCACUGUGGACAAUACUGAAUUCGCAUCACUUAAUUGUAAAUUGGCAUAACGCGCAGGAGGCCGAGGGUAAGUCCGACGUUAAGGAUUUAGAGGCGACACUGAGCAAGGAGUACGUCAAGCAAAAAUUGGAGCACAGCAUGGUCCGAGCGUGGCACGAAGUGGAAGGGAAGAUCUCGAUAUACCUGACGAACACAGAUCUGACAAGUACCAAGUUCGAACAGUUUGUCCAGGUAUUGGGUAUAGUUAACAGGUUGAUGGAAAUUGGGGAGGACCUCUGUAGUUUCAAAUCGGAGAACUUGCAGAAGUCCAUAAAGCAGCAGUCCCUAUCUUACUUUUCUCAUUAUCACGCGUCUCGCUUGGACGAAUUGAAAAUGUUUCUGGAGAACGACGGCUGGGAAUUGUGUCCUGUCAAGUCCGAUUUUGUGGCUACACAAUUACUGGAGUUUCGUAGUCUGAAACCUUCGCUCAAUAACUGUAAAGCGUGGAAUAGCCUAGACAGCUCGACCUUAAGCGACAGCGAUAAUUCUACGGGAGUCGACAUGCAGAAGUAUCUCGAGGGCGGUUUGUCGCCGUUCACAGUGGGUUUGGAUGACACCAUGGAUGAGGAUAUUUUAAUAAACAAUGAUCUUGAUCAACCCGCGUACUUUUCGGACGAAUCCGACGAGGAUAUUCCCGAUGAAUUGAAGCACGAAUACGUCGACGAGCUGGAUCAUACGAAAGUUAAUAAAAAGAAGUGCAAGCUCAAACAGUCUAUGGGGCCUAUGGUCACAAACACGACGUUAAGCGUACUGAGGGUGUGCGGCAAGUAUCUACAGAUGUCGAAGCUUUUACGAUCAAUCGCGGUCACUGUCAUACAGAGCAUGAUACAAUUUUUCGAGCUAUGCUUCUACACAGUACACUUAUUCUUUACGUCGGAUCUCCAAAUCAACAGCGACUCGUUGUACAGUCCGAAAUUGAAAUUGUCCUUAGCGCGAAUUAGAGAGACUCUGAUUAUCUCAGAGAACGAUACAAUGGAAGAGAAUGGCAAUGCGAAUUACGAUAAAGUAAGGCAACCACAGCUUUCAUCCAUUGUGAAUUUGUCGCAGCCCGAGAAACUUCACGGAUUAACGGAACGUAUUGUAGCUGUCGAGUCUCUGAUAUUUUUAGGACAACAGUACGAAGGCUUAAGGCCUUAUUUAGAGCAUCUGAUCGCCAGCAGUCCUCAGAGAGGAUUCUUACAUCAGUUUUACAUGCAAACCAUCGCGUCCGUCGCAGACUUGAGAAAGCCAGUCUACAUGGCGGUGACGUCGCAAGCGUUUGACGUUGCAAAUAUUUUGAAUUUAAUGAACAAAGUCAAUUGGGAGGUGACGGACGUCAUGUCUCAACAUAGUAAUUACAUCGAUGCACUACUCGAAGAAACGUGCACUUUGAAUGAGAGACUUAACACUAUUGGAACGUACAUACCUUUGAAUGCGGAUAUAUGUAAUGCGGUGUGGGAAAAUGUGGCCCACUUAAUUACACACACCUUAGUGGAAGGAUUUUCCAAUGCUAAAAAGUGUUCGAAUGGCGGUAGAGCUCUGAUGCAGCUCGAUUUCACGCAGCUAAAGUCGAAGUUCGAGAAAGUGACGUCGUUGAGACCUAUGCCGCAUAGGGAGUACGUUGAGUUGUACAUCAAGGCGUACUACCUUCCUGAAAAUAGCUUCGAAGAAUGGAUUAAGGAGCACAAGGAGUAUUCAGUUAAACAUUUAGUCGGCCUGAUUUCGGCGACGUGUCAAAAUAAUAAGAAGACGCGGCAGCGAUUGAUAGCGCUCGUGGAGGAGCAGCGGCCCAGCAGAUAGCAUCCAACCAUUCACUACAAGUCCGUACAAGAUUGUAUCGAAAUAGGAAAUAUUUGAGAAUUUGUCGAGCAAGAAACAGGGGGUAUGAUAAUCAUGUUGUUAACUGUACAGUAGAACAAUUUUUUAAGUACGUUACAAAACUGAUAUCAGAUAUAUUCGUGUUUAAACUAUUUUAUGAAAUUCGAAUCUCCGAGAAAGAGAGAGGGGAGGGAAGAGAGAUCUCUCACACGAACCAAGCAAGUCAUAAUAUAUUUGUGAAGUAUUCUGUAUAUGAAUCUCGUAGUUCUAAGAACGCUUUUACAAUGUACUAACUGUAGCUCUAAUGUAUAUAUUACAAAUGUUUUAACAUAUACAAUAGUAUUUUAGAGUCUAUACAGUUAGACCAUACGCGAAUUGCUACGAAAUGGAACUUUAGCUUAUUUUUAAUAUACCAAGAUACUUAUCUCUCGAAAAUGCACGAUUAUACGAAUCU